GAUGAAAAAACCUCUGCUAUUCAUUUGUAUGUUCUGUGGGGUUUCUAGCAGAGUGAUAAUUUCGGCUCCACAAGAGGAAGAGGCGAAUCAAAGUCAGAAUUCGACAGUAGUCAUAGAAGCAUCAAAACCAAACACUUUCGAAGAAGACUCUUUACCUCCGGAACUUCCAAAAUUAACCCUAGCAGAAAAGUUGGAAUUAAUUCGAAGGAGUGGCCAAGAUCCAGCUAGGCGACGGAGGGCUCGACAGAUAACUAGAGUACAAAAAAUGAGACGAGAUUUGGCUUUGACGCCAUGGCGUAUCACACAUGUCGUGCCACGAAAGCCUCCAACUCCGAAAAGGCCAGAUCGUCCUGCUGUGGCAUUGCCGGUAGAUAUGUGUCCAGAUAAGUUUGACGCUAUAACUAGAGGCUAUAAUGGUCGAACGUAUGCGUUUGCACGAGAUCGGGUGUAUCAGAUGUGGUAUGAGGAUGAUCUUCCGCAAAAAGCCUCCUAUCUCAUCACAGAACUAUUUCCUGGAGGCCCGCGAUCGGUUUCCGCGGCUUUGACCAAUUCGCGAUCAGGAGUGACGAUUUUAAUCAACAAAAGGACUGCAUAUCGGUUCAGAUGGAACAGGAAACAUAAAAGAUUUCAAUUAGCGCGUAAUACGCCACAGGAGUUGCCGCUCAACAUCACAACUCCACAAACAGCAUUUGAAUGGAUGGAUGGCAACCAAGUUUUAUUAUCGGGUGACAGAUUCGUUAUCUAUGACGCUUAUUGGAAUCUUGCCACAUUCUCUGGGCAGACAAAGAAGUACUUUCCAAAAUUGCCAAGAGACCUGCUCGGCAUCGUCUAUACUGGUGGAAACACCAUGUUGAUGUACACGAAAGCUCAUACAAUCAAGGUGUACAAUGCGAAGAAGUACCGUAUACUCCAAGAAUACCCGUUGAAAAUCAACGAAUAUUUUGGAUGUUUACUCAGAUGAUCUGAGGAUGUUGGAUUGCAGCAUUUGCUAUUGUAUCGCCACCAUCUUCUCCUGUGAGCCUCUGAA